AAAACUGUGAUUUGAAGAAGAUAAAGCCUGAAGCCAAGUGAUAGCUGGAAAAAUCAGUUACAAUGGGAAAACGAAAUGGUCUCCAUCUUCCAGAACAAGUAAAAAAUGAAAUCAAAUCAAUUAAGAAAAGAAUGAGUGAGUUAUGUAUUGACUUCAACAAGAACCUCAAUGAGGAUGAUACUUUCCUUGUAUUUUCCAAGACUGAACUAGGUGGUCUUCCUGAUGACUUCAUUGACAGUUUAGAAAAAAAAGAUGACAAGUAUAAAAUUACUUUAAAGUACCCCCACUAUUUUCCUGUCAUGAAGAAAUGCUGUGUUCCUGAAACAAGAAGGAAGAUGGAAAUGGCUUUUCAUACAAGGUGCAAACAGGAAAAUACCAUAAUUCUUCAACAGCUCCUCCCGCUGCGAGCACAAGUGGCCAGACUACUUGGCUAUAACACACAUGCUGAUUUUGUCCUUGAACUGAACACCGCGAAGAGCACAAGCCGCGUGGCAGCCUUUCUAGAUGAUUUAAGCCAGAAAUUAAAACCCUUGGGGGAGGCAGAACGGGAGUUUAUUUUGAACUUGAAGAGAAAGGAGUGUGAAGAGCGAGGUUUUGAAUUCGAUGAGACAAUCAAUGCAUGGGACCUCCAUUACUACAUGACACAAACAGAAGUGCUCAAGUACUCCAUCGACCAAGAGUUCCUCAAGGAAUACUUUCCCAUCGAGGUGGUCACCAAAGGCCUGCUGAGCAUCUACCAGGAGUUGUUGGGACUUUCAUUUGAGCAAGUGGCAGAUGCUCAUGUUUGGAAUAAAAGUGUUACACUUUACACCGUGAAGGAUAAAGCCAGCGGAGAAGUACUGGGACAAUUCUACCUGGACCUGUAUCCAAGGGAAGGAAAAUACAACCAUGCAGCCUGCUUCGGUCUCCAGCCUGGCUGCCUGCUCCCUGAUGGCAGCCAUAUGUCUGUGGCCGCCCUUGUGGUCAACUUCUCACAGCCAGUAGCAGACCGGCCCUCUAUCCUCAGACACGAUGAAGUGAGGACUUACUUCCAUGAGUUCGGUCACGUCAUGCAUCAGAUCUGUGCACAGACUGAUUUUGCACGAUUUAGUGGAACAAAUGUGGAAACUGACUUUGUAGAGGUGCCAUCACAAAUGCUUGAAAACUGGGUGUGGGACAUUGAUUCCCUCCGAAAACUGUCAAAACCUUAUAAAGACGGAAGCCCUAUUACAGAUGAUCUGCUUGAAAAGCUUGUUGCUUCUAGACUUGUCAACACAGGUCUUCUGACCCUGCGCCAAAUUGUAUUGAGAAAAGUCGAUCAGUCUCUCCACACCAAUGCAUCCCUGGAUGCCGCCAGUGAAUACGCUAAAUAUUGCACAGAAGUUUUAGGUGUGGCAGCUACUCCAGGCACAAAUAUGCCAACUACUUUUGGACAUUUGGCAGGAGGGUACGACGGCCAGUAUUAUGGGUAUCUUUGGAAAAAGAGAGUUGAUAGGCUCUCAGACUGGGUGCAGAGUGCUUGUGUCAAGGAAAAAGUUGGAAUGAAAUACAGAAACCUGAUCCUGAAACCUGGGGGAUCUCUGGACGGCAUGGACAUGCUCCAGAAUUUCUUGCAACGUGAGCCAAACCAAAAAGCAUUCCUCAGGAGUCGAGGCCUGGAUGCUGCGUAAGCCAGCAAUCUCUGGGAGCUAUCCAUGACUGGAGGACAACUCGACAUCGCCAUGUGGUACCAGCCCGGAGACUGAAGGGAGUUUCACAAACGAAAACUUAGAUUUCUAUCGAUUUGCUUUUGUUUUUAAUUUUCAAAAUUAUACAGAUGUAAAUGGAAUUAUAAAUACUAUGACCUAAGAAAAAGACCCACUAAAAAAUAAUUGUACUGUAAAAUUUCAUAAAAAUGGAUUUGAUUUCUUUUGAUAAAAGUUUCAUAUGAAUGUAAUUUGAUUUUUUUACUAUUAUAAUCUAGAUAAUAUAAUGUAAGAGGGCUAAGAAUUUUUAAAUUGAAUCACACACAUGAUAUAAUUUGAUCCUUCUUAUAUCUUGAAAUUUUGUACUUGGGAUUAUUUCUGGACCCAUAAAUGAAUCAUCACAUUCUUAUGGUAAAUAUUUUCUUGGAGCCCUGUGUCAACUUUGACCCUCUGCCUCACAGUCCAGUGUGACUUUGCCUUUGCCUGCACACCUCAAGGCCAGGGGAAUAGCCUCAGUAAUGCAUUUAUCUCUACACAUCCCGCCUCAUGAUUCUCAGCUUUCUGUCACACCUAAUUAUGUUCUUCCUUUUGGAUUUUUCUUAAUAAAAUUCAGUUAGAGAAUAUUUUUUUUUUUUUAAUGGUUUUAACCGAACUAGCCUAAUACAUGUUUCAGGUUUUUUGUCUUACACUAGAAGCUCAGUUCUUCUUCAGCUUUUAGGAUUAUCAAGUCUUUGGACUGUCACCAGUGAGAAAAGUAGAGUAACCUUAGACGUCUUUUGAAUUCUCAUGUUUUUGUUGUUUUUUAGGUUUUUUUGUUAUGAUAAAACAUUUCACUAUGUAGCCAGACUGGCCUGGGAUUCAUGGUAAUUCCCCUGCCUCAGCCUCCCAAGUUUUGGGAUUCCAAGUAUGAGCCAGCACAUUCAGCUUACGUUUCUAAAAAGGGGUUGUGUGAUCUCGCCUCCCUUACUGACCACCUCCCUCAAAGUGGUAGGCAGAUGUGGCACAGUGGUGAGGACAGAUGGCACAGAGUGGAGCUGAGAGAGUUUAGAAACUCAGAAGAAAGUGAGUUGGAGUGGAGCAUUUAAAAACAGCUCUCCAAAGUGUUACGUGUGCAGACUCAGCUGUGGGGAAAGGCUCUCCAGUAGCCUACUUUGUUAUUGAUUUUUAUUUUAAAUGAACCUCCAGAUCUCUCUCUCUAACUCUCUUUACUGGGACCUAAAUUUCCAAUUCAACAGCAGAACAGUAAACUCACACCAUUAUUUUUCUUCUCA